AUGGCUGAUGUUUAUUUUGUUUCAGCGUUGCCAAUGCCCACAAUUACCAAUAUUGUACUCGUCUUCGUGCUUGCUGUCCUCAUCACGCCUGAGAAGCAAAUCAGUAUCCUAGCUUUUGUACAAAAGGAAACUUUCAUGUUCCUACCGUAUGUCCCGCGGGCAUUAGAAAGACAUGACUUCUAUUUGCCUACGCAAAUAUCACGGGCAUUGAACCCCGGUAGAGUGCAAAUGAUCCAACCCCUUAUGUACGAAAUGCUUACAGAAGAGAUUGAAAAGUUGGGCUCUAACGAAACUCUCAACGUUCACAAGUGGUCUUGCAGCAUCCUCGAAAGAUUUUCGAUGAAUUUUGUGUUUGGACUCGAUCAUGCGGAAGACAGUUGGUAA